AUGCCCGCCGAGGACGCGACCUUUAGCAUUCGCGAUGGCUACCACCUACGCGCCCUCAAUGAGCAGCACGCGGCGAAUGUCGACAAGGCGUGUUUUCCCGAGCUGCUUCGGUCGACGCCGCGGGCGGCCGUGAGCGUCAAGGCCCCCGACGUGCGCGUUGGGGAAGCGACAACGCUGGACGCCACGUCGCCGCUCGAGGCCUGGCUCGUCUUUCGUCACCGCGACCUCGUGGCGCGAAGCAACCAAGAGGUGACGCCAGCAUCGCCAUCUCCACCACGCCACUAUGCACUGCCACGGCAGCCGUGUCGACCAGUGAAGCUCCAGCCAAAGACGCAGCUACGGUAUUUGCCGCAUUUGUUGCUGUCGCCGAGGACGAGUCGAACCCCGCCACUUGUACCGACCGCACCGGAAGUGGAGCCCAAGCGGUACGAGACCGAGACCAGUCGCUUCCGCAUGCGCACAACGAUCAAAGCCUCGCGCACGUCGACGCUCUCGGCUCGGAUCGUGCAGCUUAUGCUGGCGCCAGAGGCCCUCGCCGACGUCGAGGCGGCUGCGCGCAAGCACCGAGCAUGCGACCGCGUCACCACCAACAAGCAGCUGGUCGUGACGCCUGUGCCGCCCGAGGCCCGCGUGGAGCGCAGCGAAACGCUGCAACUGCGGCGCAAAGCACAGGUGGCGCGAUACUUCCAGCACCAAGAGACGAUGCGGCAAGCGACCGAGCGCAGCGUCGAUCGCUGGGGCGCGCGACGGCGCCAGGAAAAGGCCAACCACCUCCGGCAUGCCCGCGCCAAGCGUGUCUUGGUCAGUGUCUUGGUUGCUCUCGCCGCUUCCAAGCUGCGCGAGCGCUUCAAGGCGAUCGAGCCCUCGAUCAAGAUGGCCCAGAUGGUGCACGCAUGCCGGAAGAUUCAAGCGUUCUGGCGCGCCAAAACACACGCCAUGUCCAUGUCGCAUGCUGCCGAGGCGGUGGUGCGGAUCCAGCGCUUCAUCCUCAGCCGCAUCGGCACGUACCGGAAUCACUGCAAGCGCCGCGCCGUCGUCGUCCUCAUCACGAGUCUACGCGAGUGCCAUGACGCCAAGUUCCGACGCGCCAUGUUCAAGUACCGGCAAUCGGUGCGGCAGUUCCAGGCCAUGUGGCGCAGCUGGGCCGUCAUCACCGACGCCCGCAUCAAGCUGCUUUUGCUCCUUUGGAACAAGGUCGAGAAGAAGCUCCACGCAGCGUCCGAGUCGCGCGAAAAGUCGCCGGGACCGGGGCAUGUGGACCAUCACCGCCGAAGCAACCUGUCGGGGCGCCAUAGUGCAUGCGGGCCCCCGUCGAGUGCCGGCACGAAGAAAGUGGUCCAUGCCGUCAAGCUGCUCGGGCACUUGAGUGUGUUGAACGUCGUCAUGUCGCCAGAGGACGAAGCGCAAAAGGCCACGCAGCAUGCAGCUCGCGUUCCCCUCGCCUUGAAAGUGAGUUUGCUCAAGGCGCUCCUCUCGACCAAGCGGCACGAGUUUUUGAAUCGCCGCGAGCAGCUACGGGCGGCGUGGGAGAAGGACCGCGACGAGCGCCGGCGACGGGGCUUUGGCAUGGACGUCUCGUCCGUGCUCGUGUUUGAUAGCCUCCGGUAUGGGAAAGCGCAAUUUCUGCUGCUGCAGCACGUUCGCGACGCCGACAUUGCAGAGCUCAUUGCGCAAGCCGAGAGCAUCCACGCCCAGUCUCGGUCGUCGAUGCCGUCUCGUCUCGAUGCACGGCUGUUUUAA